ACAAGAUAGAGGAUAAGCAUCCCAUUCAUUUUAUUUGUCUAUCUAGCAUCUGGUAGUAAAGAUUUCUUAUUCAUGCGUCUUUCUUAAGUAACUCUGAAAAGAUACUGUAUGACUGACCUUUGUGAAAGCACAAACUGAAUUCAGCGAGGUGGUAGGUCAGGCUGAAAGUGCAUUUCUUCCGCCCCCUGCUGGUUCCCAUGGGUAGUGUGCUGGCCUUGUCCUCUCGCCCAGGGCGUCAGAACUCUCCGUUCCCUCAGGACAGGCCCCUCUCACGGUGGGACAGGAGAGAUGGACGCCUUCCGAAUCCUGGCAGUUUUGAUGGGCUGCACCGUAACUGCAAAGAUGUUUUUCCACAGCAGACUGAAGGCGUCAAACUCAUUGUCAAAAAGACUCUCAGCAGUUUCUUUAAGGUCACCCACACUUUCCAUCUGAGCGCUGUGGCCCCAUCAAACUAUCGCUUCCAUGUCUCAUACUUGCAGUCAGACACUGACAGCAAAGAAGUGGACUCCCCUAUGCUGAUUGGAGAAAUGGACUCAUCUGGCAGCUUGAAUGCACACUCCUUGUUUCACCUGAGUGAGCGAAUCAGAGCCAAAGCUGUCUUCCAGACACAGCAGUCCCAGUUUGUGACGUGGCAGUUUGAGACGGAGUACAGGGGUCGAGACUUCACUGCGGCCGUCACCCUUGCAAACCCAGACAUCCUCAGAGAGUCUGUGAUCAUGGUGGCACACUUCCUCCAGAGUGUAUCCUCACAGCUGGUCCUGGGUGGAGAGUUGGUGUACCAUCGUGGCCGUGCUGAGGAAGGAGGCAUCCUCACACUGGCAGGCCAGUAUUCAGGGCCAAACUGGGUGGCAACCUUAAAUGCAGGCAAGGGAGGUGCCCAUGCCAGCUACUACCACAGAGCGAAUAAGCAGAUCCAGGUGGGUGUGGAGUUUGAGGCAAGCACGAGGACUCAAGAGACAACUUUCUCCUUCGGCUAUCAGAUGGAUCUUCCUGAAGCCAACAUGGUCUUUAGAGGGAUGUUGGACAGUCGGUGCAUCAUCGGCGGUGUCCUGGAGAAGCGGCUCUCACCCCUGCCUGCUACCCUGAUCAUGGGAGCCUUUGUCAAUCACCGUGGCGACAAGCUUCAGUGUGGGCUAGGGGUGAGCGUUGGCUAGAACACCGGAGAGGAGUCUUGGUGCUUCCAUGAGACCCCCAGUGCCUAAAAACACUGUGGAUGACCAAUGCAACGGAGUCCUAUGACCCUCUCACUGGGACUCCUUCUCCUAGAUGCACCACAGAGCGCUGCUCUCCCAAACGUCCAUGCAGGUCACCCUUUUUAAGGAAAAGGGUGAGAGGGGAGUCACAUAUAGGUGGAAUUCAGCUGGAAUACAGGGGCACACUUCCAGUGCUCUCGUGAAAGAAGAUUCCAUCCUGGCAAUCCAGCUCUACUGGAAGAAGAUUCCAUCCUGGUAAUCCAGCAGUCAGUGCACCUUUGAAAAAUGAGAUUUGGCCUGCACCUCUUAUCUAGCCCGAACCCUCAUGUCGACCGUUGAACUGGGUAUGCUCUGUGCUGCCAUGGCAUGGCAGAAGGAGGCAAAUCAUGCCCAAAGGACACAGUGCAUCUAGGCAUUCAGUCAAGAGCUGGUGAGGGAACAAUAAUGCAAAUCCCUCCAUUUUGCAAACUUCCCCCGUUUCUUCAUAGCCCCACAUGUAGACUGAAUGCUUGUGUCACCGCCGCAGAGAUCAGUAGCCAUUUCUCCCGAUUGCUUUCAAAGUUUGAGAUAAUCUGGGAUAUCUCCUCCCUUUUCUCCCUAAGGUUUCAUCAGCCGUAAAGUGCACCUUGUCCUGAAAAGGCUAUAAACCUGGAAACUUGGAAUUUAAAGAAUGGAUACAAGACUUGUCAGUUUCUUUGUAAUAUCAGGAGAAACUGAAUUCCAUAUGU